UCGCUGCUGUGUAACUUCAUUAUCGUUCAAGACGCACGUUUGGCAUCAAUCGUCUGAUCGUCUGCCAUGCUCUACGCUGCCUUAACCAUGGAAACACGGACAUACUCCAUUACUUCGCUGCAUGGGGUAUCGCGAUAUAAUACAAGAACUUGUUUAUAAAAUGUUAUGCAUCGGUGCCACCUUCUGUCGUUUUCUCACCUGUGCGUCCUUAAUGUAGUGAUUACAUGGGUCUACCUGAGUACAGUAGUCGCUUCCUUUUAAAGAAGACGUACAUACAGAUAGGCUACUGGAACGUAAGUCAGUUUUGAGGAAGAGAUUAGCAGGGGAGGCGCGCGGUGUAACUUAACGACCUACAGUAUAUUGUAGUGUUUGUCACAUUAAAAGGCAUACCUCCACAAAGACGUAACCAUCGACUGAAUACAAUGAACACUUGCAAAACUCGAAUGUGAAGGCACCUCAAGGCAACCAUGCUUAAUUCAACGCACAACGCAACCGCGACGAACGCCGUCCCCCUUGACGCAAAUUUUACUGGAACCAGCGAUGUCUUGGAGUCCGAGGAAGCGCAGUUGAUUUACGACGAUGACUUUUACAGUGAGGCCUUUUUCAACUUUACAUAUCCCGACUACGGCGAGGACCUGCAUUCGAACCACACCAUGGACUCUGUGAUAGACGCCAUCGCCAAGGAAAGAAAGUUGAUAUGCUUCGCCAAAUUCCUGAUUAUGGAUCCGUAUCCGCCGACGGACAAGGGUCAGAUAUAUUGUAACAGCACCUGGACAAAGGACACCUGCUGGCCGACCACAAGGGCGGGGGAGAUUGCCAUGACGUCAUGCCCGGCAGAGGUGGAUGGUGUCAGAUAUGACGUCACAAAAAACAUGACAUUUUACUGUCAGCCCAAUGGCUCCUGGGCCUGGCCUGCCAAUGUUGAUCAGUGUAAAAUUUUGGGAAAUCUUCCAAACUUCAUUGAAAACAUUGAGGCAUUGGAGAUGCACAACCUUAUCAUCAGAAUUAUAUAUUUCAUUGGAUUUGGAUUAUCCACUAUAGCGCUGCUGUUGGCGCUCGUGAUCUUUAUCUACUUCCGAAGUCUCCGCUGUCUUAGAAAUACAAUCCAUUGUAACCUGAUGUCCUCAUUUCUCCUGCGGAUGUUUGCCUGGAUCAUGCUCCAUUCGGUCGCCUUGGCGGAUGUAGACGACACUCAGACGACGGUGAUGAACUGGUUGUGUAAGAUAAGCGCUGCUGUCUAUCACUACUGCACCAUAUCGCUGUUCUUCUGGAUGUUUGUUGAAGGUCUGCAUCUUCACAUCAUGGUAUUCUGGGCCUAUUCUGUGGACAAACUUAAUAUAUGGGUGUACGCCGCCUUCGCAUGGGGUGUUCCGGUGUUGUUUGUAAUCACAUGGGGGGUAGUGCGCUACAAUCUGGACAAUAUCAGGUGUUGGAUAAUCCUCAACUGGGACGUAGGUAAUGAUAUGUACGACUACAUCGUCCACGCCCCGACCCUGGUGGCUAUCUCAGUCAACCUGGUUUUCUUAUUCUCCAUCGUGUGGAUCCUCAUUUCAAAAAUUAAAUCAACGCACAAACUUGAGGCUCGACAUUACAAAAAAGCCGUCCGCACGACAAUCAUACUGAUGUUACUUUUGGGUGUGGCCUACAUUGUGGUGAUCACGCCACCUAUCGACGAUCAACUUACGCGGAUUAUUUUCAAAUAUUGCUCAGCGUUAUUGCACUCUACACAGGGUCUAUGUGCGGCGGCCUUCUACUGCUUUAUGAACGGCGAGGUCCGUGCGGCGCUCACGCGCAAGUUCCGCCACUGGCGAGAUCGGCGGAGCAUCAGUUUGGGAACGAGGUCAAGUCGAGCAUCGGUUGGGAGUCGACCCAGUUUUCCGCUUGUUUCCCCAACUGGGAAUAGUUCAUCAGUCGGAGGCCGUGAGGAGGAUGGGAGUUCCAAAACCAUAAAAGAGACAGAAUUCCUGCUCCACCGAAACAGUAGGGAUAGCAACUUCAAUGUGCGAGGGGGGAUAUCAGAAGAGCUCACCAUUGCUGGUCUGUUGAGUAAGGAGACGAGGGCCAAGUGCUUUGAUAUUUUGGAAGUGUAAAUGACUUUUGUCAGGUACUGCUACAGUGAAGGCGUACAUGUAAAGGGUAUUUUUGAAUAUGGAAAGAAGAAAAUGAAUCAAUAGGCACCUUGUAUAGUUUUUUAUUUAAAGAACGCGGUUUAGAGAGAAUCAGCUUCGUUGAAACCGAAAGGAAAUAUGUUUUAUAAUUGA